UACCGCAUGGCGGCACUUGAUUGUUUGGAGCACGGGAGGUUUUUAACUUUGUAUGCUUGUCAAGUUGAAAAAAAUUAAAUUGCGAUGUCUUAUAAGAAUGAUUUUGAUGUAUUUGUGGGAGGAAAAUCGGGGGUUUUUAAAGGUAUAAAAAUCGAUAAAAAAACAUGCAUAACAAAGAAUAUACGAAGUUUAAUGUCCAUACAAGCGGAACAUGAAGUAACCUCAAUGACAUGGGCCGAUGAGACUGAAAAAGAAAUUUUACUCGCCUGUGGAUCUAAAGGAGAUAGGAGUGUUAAAAUUUACGAUACGGAGAGUGGUGCCUUUACAACCUCGUUUGUUUGCGACAUUGGUAAAGGAAAUAUCAAAGGACUCGCACGAUAUGAUGAUGCCAUCAUAACCGCCGUAGAAUCAGGUCACAUAAAAUUAUGGAGAUUUGAAGGUGAAAACGAAUCUUCAAUGGAAACAGGUGAAAAUUUGGAGAGAAUGAGACAAUCUCCUGUAAAUAAAAAUAUCAUAGCCACAGGAGGCAAAGAACACAAGCUGCAAUUGUUUGAUUUGGAGACACACAAAAGAGUUUUUGAGGAAAAAAAUGUUCGACAUGACUGGCUGGAACUCAAAGUACCCCUGUGGAUUUCAGACAUUGGAUUCAUUCCUCGUACAUCAAGAAUUGUCACAAGCAGCAGAUAUGGACAUAUUCGUCUGUACGAUCAUAUAGCUCAGAGACGACCAGUCAUAAAUUUGGAACUGAAAGAUGAAGCCUUAACGACACUCGCUAUUGCUUCAAGAGAGGAGCAUAUCGUUGUUGGAUCUGGAAAAGGCAUUAUGAAACUGGUCGAUUUACGCAAACCUGGAAAAAUUUUAAAUACGUACAAAGAUUUUGUCGGUAGCGUAACGUCAGUAGCUUGUUCUAAAUUAAAACCAUACAUUGUAAGCGUCGGUCUUGAUCGAUAUCUUCGUAUACACCAUUUGGACACCAAAGCGCUUUUAAAAAAGAUGUAUCUAACGUCCCGUUUGAGCUCCAUGGUCUUGCGUUCUAAUUUUUCAAUGGACGACGAGGACGAAGUGAAAAUCGAAACGAAAGAACGAGCUGCUAAACGAUCGCAAAUCGAGAUCGAGAACGAUGAUGAUCUCCGCAUAACCGACGAUGAAAGAAACAGUGAUGUGGAAUAUGAUGAGAUGUUUGACGAAAUGGACGUUAUAGAGAACGAAGAGAAUGAGGCUAAUUUGGAGGAAAACAACGGCAAACAGCGUAAAACGAAAAAAACGAAACUACGAAGUGAUAAGCUUACGAAAAAACUGACGGAUGGCAGUCGUAAAAGAUUAAAGGGACGAAACACUACAGGGAAAACGAUUUGACAAAGUUUUGUGAAAUCUUAUACAAAAAUCAAUUCCAUAGCUCUUGAUCAUGUUCACCAAAUUGCAGAUUUUGGUGUAUAAAAGAAAUAUUAUUUUUAUAACGAAUCAUGUAAAUAUAUCCAAGGAAAAAGACAAUUAAAAAGAAAAUCAUUACGACGAUUGGAGAUUUUUUGUAUGUGAAUAAAACUGUUGAAAGCAA